AUGAGUGAAGGCGUGGAGAUCUUGGCCGCCCGGUCUAGAAAGCGACCGCAUAGCCGUAUGUCACAAACGUCGUCAGCCACUCCCGGCCAAUCCCCAUGGCCUCCCUCCAGCAUGUCUUCGUCUUCCACCUCCCAUCGCCCUCUCCAACUCCCGACGCGAUACCCCGGAGACGGCCUUGACUUUAGAAGGCCGGUCACUAGUAACAAUGAGGAAGUCAUUGAUCUUACCGAAGAGCCAGACUCUCCUCCUCAACCGCGGCCGCAGCGGCAACAAGAAUCCCAUACCAGACAUCGUCACCACACGCGCUUGCCUCGGUUCGGAAGAAACAUCAUGCAAGAUGUGGUGGAUCUAGUAGAGGACGACGAUGACGACGAUGGCGACGAGGAUGAUGACGAAGUGCAAGAGGUUGGACAGGGGAUACCCCCAAGCAGCCCGGAGGUCGAAUUUGUGAGUGCGACGACAAGGACGCCCGUCGCGCCACCAAGGUCGGAAGGGCAUCUAUGGAGGAUGCUCCAGGGCAAUUCAUUAGCAAGCUUCGUGAUGUCGUCAGAGGCAUUUCGACGGCCCAUUCCUUGGGCAAGUGGUUUAUUUGGCCGGCAGCCACAUGACGUGGAUAGUCUUUUCAUUGGUGGAACCUCAGGGGAUCUCGACAUCGAGUAUCCCGUAUCUACGACCACCGCGGACCGUCGGCCACAAGCAGAUACGUAUAAGGCCCCCAGUCCUGCGCCGGAGGGGUUUACGAGGAACGCGAAGGAAGACGGCGAGGUUGUCGUAUGCCCCAACUGCGACCAGGAGCUGGGUACGGGCGAUGAGAUCAAAUCGCAAAUAUGGGUUGUGAAGAAAUGCGGACACGUCUACUGUGGUGAAUGUACAAGACACCGCGCCCUCUCGAAAGCGAAGAAGGCACCGCAACGGACGAAGCCGUUUAGCAAGUGUCGAGCGGAUGAUUGCGAGGUACCUGUUAGUGCCCCAAAGUCCAUGUUCCAAGUAUACUUGUGA